AUGGAGGAAAUAGAGUAUAUUACUUUAAUUGAAUGGUUUUGUCAUCAAUUUUACUACAAUGGCAUGUUAGUUUAUUGCAAAGAAGCAUGUGAAGUAUAUCCAGCAAACGAAUAUCUAAGAAUUCUUUUAAGUCUUGCAUACAUAUUAACUGGAAAAGUACAAGAAGCAAUCAAAGAAUGUUCAAACUUAAUGAACAAUGCAGAUACCACAUUGACAGCAUUGCUUCUUCAAAAUAUUGCAUAUAUGAAAACUGAAAAUGUUGAAAAGGCCACUAUAAUACAAAUCGAAACAAGAAUUAGAGAUGAGAAACGAAAAUCGUCUUCAAACGCAUUAGCUUUAGCAGCCUUAGUGUUGCUUUUAUCUCAAAAAGCUGACAAAGCUAGAGAUUAUGUAGAGAAGGCUUACAAGCUUGAUUCAUCCAAUAAAAACGUGUUAUUAACAAAAGCUUGGGUGGAUUUAUUUAUUACAAACGAAAAUGAUUCGAGUGAGCCAAACUUGUUUGAAGUUGUUUUAGUACAAGAUUCAAAGAAUAUAAAUGCUUUGCUUGGCUCUGCAAAAUACAAACAACAGCGAGGUGACUAUACAGGAGCAAUAUCAACAUUGAAUUCUUUAAUUGUACGAUAUCCUAAAUUAUGUCUACCCUUGGUAGAAAAAUUGUGCAAUCAACUCGCAUUGAAAGAUUGGGACCAAGUUCUGGAGACCGCUAAUAGAAUAAUGUCGAUCGACUCGAAUAAUUUGGAUGCAAGAAAAGCACAUGCAUUUGUAUAUCUUUGCAGGGAUGGAAAUUAUAAUGAAGGACUAAAACAUUUACAGUCAUUCUUCAGAAAUAUGAUAAUUACAGAAACAAAGAACGUCACAGUUUUGGUGAACAAUAUUCAAUUAUUUUCACGAUUAGCUUGCAAACAUCAAGGGAUUUUAUUGGAGGUUUCUAGGACCAUUGAAAAGGCAUUACAACAGAAUCCAAAAAGUGCAGAUCUCAUGGUGGAAUUAGGAAACUUGUAUGUUUCACUGGGUAAAGUGAAAGAUGCAGAAAAUUGGUACAGAAGCGCUGUUCGAAUAAACGAAUCGUCGUUUGCUGCUUUGAUGGGACUAGCCCAUUGUCAGCUUUUAGAUACUUCAAUUGAUGCCUUGGGCUUGGCACAGCAGCAAGUAGAUUUUUUGAUGGAGAUACAGUCUAGUUCAGUGGAUGCAGAAUUGCUUUUUAUGUCUGCCAAAUUGAGCUCCAAUAAUUCCAUUAAAGUCCUGAAUUAUUUGAACAAUGCAGCUACGAUCAUACUAGACAACUGUAAAUAUGUACCAUAUGGUUAUGAUUAUAUGAAAAAAUUAAAUCCUGAUUUAUGUUUAGAAAUUUCCAAACAACGUUUAGUUUAUUCUGUAACAAGUGAUGUAACAAAUUCUGAGGAAAAUGUAUCCAAUUACAGAGAACCAAGUUUGUAUUUGUUAGAGCAAUUAUCAGAAGCAUACCCUGGUUUGAGUAUUUCACAGUUACUACUGAGUAAAGCUAAAAUGCAAAGUGGAAAUUUAGAAGAAUCUUCAUACAUACUAAGAAAUCUUUUAGACAAUGUGGAUUCAUCCAAUGCGGAAGCGCAUUUACUAAUGGCGCAGAUUCUAGCUCGUCAAGGGAAUUACCAGUCAGCUUCACAAAGUCUUGAAGUUGGUUUAAGUUACAAUUUCAAGAUCAGAGACAAUCCGAUUUAUCACUUAAUUACUGGCAUGGUUCAAAAAGAAACAAAUGAUAUAGAGGGCUCAAUAACAAGUUUUCAGUCAGCUAUGUCAUUAGCUGAGAUGCAAUCACAUAAAAAUACUUCAGAAGCUUCAGAUAUUUCAACAUCAGAUAUGGCAACUUUGUACCUGGAACUAAUUUCUGCUUAUGGAAAAAUGAGACAUUUCAAUGAGGCAAUUGACAUAAUACAAGAUGCAAAUAUAAAACUUGGGAAUACUUCAGAGAAAGGUAGAAUAUUAAUAGGAAAUGCAGAGUUACUUUUAGAAAUGGGAGAGUUGGAUGAAGCCAUUGAUUGCUUGUCAAAAGUAACCUCAGACCAACUUUAUUAUUUGCAAGCACAUACGCGUUUAGCCGAGAUAAAUUUGAAACACAAAAAGGAUCGUCUCGCUUUUGCUAUGUGUUUCAGAGAAUUGGUUGAACAUUGUCCUGGUCCUAAGACAUAUAGUAUGCUUGGUGAUGCAUAUAUCUCUAUACAAGAGCCGGAGAGAGCAAUAGAAGCAUAUGAGCAAGCUUUGAAACAGAAUCCUACAAAUAAAGUACAUAUAGCAAGUAAGCUAGGAAAGGCACUUAUAAAGACGCAUCAGUACACAAAAGCCAUAAAUUAUUACAGAGAUGUGAUGAAACAAGAGAACUUUAAAAGCUUGAAAUUGGAUCUUGCAAAGUUGUUCAUAAAGUUGAAACAGUAUGAUAAAGCAGAAGCUACAUUGAUUCAAGAAUUACAAGACGGUCGACGAGAUUCUGAUUUAAAAAGCUUAGAAGUGCGUAGUCAGCUUUUGCUGUUGCUUGCUAAAACACGAGAAAAAGCAGAUAAUAUUAAUGGUGCUUUGUCAGCAUUGAAGGAAGCCAAGGAAAAUCAACAUAGAUACAUUCAACGCAUGGGAGGUUCUAACUUGGAAGAGGAAAAACAACUUCUUGCAAAUAUCUGUUUAACAAUGGCUGAUCAUUCCUCUUCUCUAAGAGAUUAUGAUCAAGCUAUUACGUACUAUAAAGAAGCACUGAAUCAUAAGCCUGCGGAUGUAAAUGCUUUGUUAUCCUUAGCAAAACUUUAUAUGCAGACAAAUAAUUUGGAUCGAUGUGCUCAAAGCUGUACAGCUUUAUUGAACGCGGAUCCCAACAAUGAAGCUGCUUCCAUAAUGAUGGCAGAUCUUGCAUUUAGAAAAGUUGAUUUUGAUACAGCAGCAUUUCACUUUCGACAACUAUUGCUGAAGCAGCCAACUUACUGGACCGCUUUAGCGAGAUUAAUAGAAGUUUCUCGUCGAACAGGGGAUAUGGACGACCUUGAAGAAUGGCUUCAUCGAGCAAAACUAGGAAUGAGUGGUGCAAAUUUAACACCUGGCUAUUAUUAUUGCGCGGGUUUAUUGGAUUGGCGUAUGGGUCGAUUAAAUUCCGCGCUUCGUCAGUUCAAUUUCGCGAGACGUGAUCCUGAGUGGGGUCAACAGGCAAUAUACAAUAUGAUCGAGAUUUGUUUAGAUCCGGAUGAUGAUUCUUCGCUCUCUAAUGAAAUUUUUAACGACGAUGAUGCUGAAUAUCAAGACUCUAGAACGAUGGCUCUGAAAACAGCCUAUCGUUUGCUACAGGAAUUAAAUCCUAAAGGUAGUCCACAUGAAAUGUUGACGCACAGAUUGUUAAGCAAUUUCUUUCUCCUUGCUACAAAGCAAAAAUCCAAUGUGGAAAAAGCAUUGCAGGAUUGCACUGCUUUAGCUAGUCAAGAGGCAUUGAGAGAUCACGUAGGACCAGCUUUAGGCAUGGCUAUGGCCCACAUUCUUUUGAAACAAACUCCUAGAGCUCGAAACCAUCUAAAACGUGUCAGUAAAAACACAUGGACCUUUGAGGAUGCAGAAUACCUGGAACGUUGUUGGUUACUUUUAGCAGAUAUUUAUGUUCAAUCCAACAAAUAUGAAUUGGCAAAUGAUCUUUUAAGACGUGUUUUACAACAUAAUGCCACUUGUGUUAGAGCUCAUGAAUUGUCUGGAUAUAUUGCAGAAAAAGAGCAAAAUUAUCGUGAAGCUGCAUCACAGUAUAGCGAAGCAUGGAAGUAUGGUGGAAAAUCGAAAUUGUCUGUGGCUUAUAAAUUAGCUUAUUGCUCAAUGAAAGCGAAAGCUUACGCAGACGGGAUAGAAGCUUGUAAUGAAGUUUUGAAACAGAGUCCUGAUUAUCCACGUAUCAAGAAGGAGAUUUUGGAAAAAUGUAUUAAUAACUUACGUACUUAAUAAACAAUUAUGUCUUCAUUGUAA